GACAGAGCGAGAGGUUUUAGAACCAGAGAGCGUGCUUCAAGCUCCGGAGUGUACGGAGAUGGAAAAAUCAGUGGCUACGCUAGAUAAUGGCACGACAUGCUCAGCCUGGAACUACUGUGGGCAGAGGUUGGCCACUGGCUCCGUUGAUGGGAGCCUCUCUAUCUUUGAUUCUCGUGAUCCCGGUUCUUCCUCCUUCACGUGCACCUCCAAAAUUAGGGUUCAUGAGGCUGGCAUUGUGAAGGUUGUUUGGGUUCCACCUGAACAUGGUGAUGCAGUGGCCUGCAUUUGUGGUGAUGGAAGUUUGUUUUUGUGGGAAGAGGUCGUAGAAGAUUCAGUUCUUCAAUGGAAGCAUUGCAAAAGCUUUCAAAGCAAAGCAAAUAAAGUGUUAGAUGUCCAAUUUGGUGCUUUAUGUACAAGUUUGAAAAUGGUUUUGGCAUACUCCGAUGGUCAUGUGAAAGUCUAUGAGCUCUUGGAUCCCUUGGAGUUAAAGAAUUGGCAGCUUCAGGCUGAAUUUCAGAAUGUUAUUGAUUCAGUAUCUACAUUUGGAAGGGCGAUGUGCUUUUCUGCCUCUAUUUCUUGGAAUCCAAAAAGGGGUGAGAACCAGGAAUCAAGCUUUGUUCUGGGUUUCAAUUCAGAUACACCACAAUUGAACUCCUCUAAGGUGUGGGAGUUUGAUGAGGCCCAUCAACGAUGGCUUCCGGUUGCUGAGUUGGCUUUGCCUGCAGAUAAAAGUGAUCAGGUUUUUGCUGUUGCAUGGGCGACCAACAUUGGCCGACCAUAUGAAGUAAUAGCUGUUGCUACUCACAAGGGAAUUGCAAUAUGGCAUCUUGGAUUGAAUCCUGACCUGGAUGGAAGACUUCCAGUGGAAAAAGUUGCACUACUCUCUGGUUUUGAAGGCGAGGUGUGGCAGAUGGAAUGGGACAUGAGUGGAAUGACCUUAGCAACCACAGGAACGGAUGGGUUUGUUAGACUCUGGCAAUCCAACUUGAAUGGCGUUUGGCAUGAGCAAGCUGCAUUUGAUUCGAGUUAGACCUACUCUUUGUAUUAAAAUUCUGCUUAUUUCAGCUAAAUUGAUAACAGCUGAGAGCAGAGGAUUAUCUGAAUCUGCAAAACGUUCAAGAUUUAAAUUUUCUUUUUAUUUUUUGUAUGCUAAUAUUUUUUCUGGUGGUUAACAAAGUUCAUUGGUACUGCUUUGUUUGGGUCUGGAAAAAGGCCGACGGAAAACUAGUCACAUUGUGUUUGCUUA